AUGAGCAAUUAAUUUGAAAAUCAAAAUAUUUGCUAAGAGAUUUAAACUUUCAAAGAAAAGCCCUAAAAUUAUGUUGUGGAUGCAUGGAAUUAUUACAAAGAUAUGAAAAUAAAAAUACAAAUUUAAAUCACAAUUACUAAAGAUGACUAUAUAAUUUAUUCUAGUAACGGAGCGAUUUUGAGGGCGUAAAUAUUAUUUAAAGUUACAUAGAGAAAAAUUUAAUGAUGCUUCUAACAAUCCAAUAAUAUUUAAAAAUAUGGAACAGAUUCGACAUCUUUCUUGGGAAAGUGAUAACAGGUUUAAUGAAAAGAAAAAUGGAAAAAGUAUUGCUUUUUGGAAUGGAAAUACUUUAAUAAAUGUUGGUGGGUACUACAAAAAAGGUUUAAGGCAAGGUUAAUGGAAAGAACUGAUGAAACAUUAUGGAAGGUAAAGAAAAUUAAACUACAAUAAUUAAUAGUGAAGCUAAAGUUUUUGAAUUUGGAGAGUAUUAUAAUGAUAGAAGAAUAAGAAAAUGGAUAUAUAUUUACAACAAUAAAAAAAUGUACUGAUAUUAAAAAUUAUAGCGAUGGCGGUUCCUAUAAUACCUAAGGAUUAAAGUAAGGUAAAUGGAAUGAAUUAAGUGAUAAUUUUUAGAAUCAAGCUUAAGUCACUUAUAUUGGCGAAUAUGAUUUAAAAGGUAUGAAAAUAGGUAAAUGGGAUAUUAUGUAUUAAUAAAAAUAAAUGUAAAUCUUAUAAAUUAUAAAAUAAUAUGUCAGUGGGGGUGGUUAAUAUGAUUAUAUAAAAGCUUAGAAGAUCGGGAAAUGGAUUGAGUUGUGUGAAGAGUUUGAGCAUAGUAAUUAAGUCACUUAUAUUGGUGAAUAUGAUAAGAAGGCUAUGAAAGUUGGUAGAUGGGAUAUAUGGUUUUAAGAGAUUUGUGGAAAAAAAGAAUAUAAAUCUAUGUAAAUCUUAUUGAAGUAUAUGUUAGUGGGGGUGGGUUAUAUGAUAAUUUAGGGGGUGAGAAAAAAAUUGGAAGUUGGAUUGAAUUGUGGAAAGGUUUUUAAAAUGAUUCUUAGGUCACUUAUAAAGGUGAAUAUAAUGAGCAAGGAAUGAAAGUAGGUAGAUGGGAAAUAUGGUUUUAAUAGAUUUGUGGAAAAAAAGAUUAUAAAUAAAUGUAAAUUUUUUUGAAGUAUAGAAAAAAACAAGUGGCGGUGGAUUAUAUGAUAACUUAGAGGGUGAUAAAAAAUUUGGAACAUGGAUAGAAUAGUGGAAUGGUUUUUCGAAGGAUUCUUAGCUCACUUAUAAAGGUGAAUAUGAUAAUAAAAGUCAAAAGGUAGGUAGAUGGGAUAUUUUGUAUUAGGGGGAAUAUGAUUUGGAAUUUUAGCAAAUGUAAAUAUUAUGUCAUAAAAAUAAAUAUUAGUGGGGGUGGAUUAUACAAAGAAGGUUAGGUAAAGAUUGAGAUGUGGAUUGAGUUAUGGGAUGGCUUUUGGAAUGAAGCUUAAGUCACUUAUAAUGGUUAAUAUGAUUCCAAAGGUAUGAAGAUAGGUAGAUGGGAUAUUAUGUAUUGCAAAAAGGGAGAACAUCAAUAUUAAUAAAUGUAAAUCUGAUAAUUUAUAUAUCAAAAUGUAAGUGGAGGGGGAUUGUAUGAUUAUGAAAAGGGUUAAAAAAUUGGCAAAUGGAUCGAGAUCUUUGAAGGGUUUUACUAUAGGAAAAAAGUCAUCAAUAUUGGUGAAUAUGAUUAAAAAGGAAUGAAAGUAGGUAGAUGGGAUAUUUGGUUUUAGGAGAUUUUUGAAAAAAAAGAAUUUAAAUAAAUGUAAAUAUUAUUGAAGUAUAGAAUCUUAUUUUAGUGGUGGGGGAUUAUAUUAAAAGGGUCAAAAGGUCGGAAAGUGGGAGGAAUUAGAUGACAGGUUUGAAGAAUAGAAUUAAGUUAUUUAUAAAGGUGAGUAUAAUUAAAAAGGUAUAAAAAUAAAUAGAUGGGAUAUUUUUUUUAAACGAGAAUAUGACAAAGAAUAUAAAUAAAUGUAAAUAUCAUAAAAUGAUAUAUUAGUGGUGGUGGAUUUUAUGAAGAGGGGCUAAAGAUUGGAGAUUGGGAAGAAUUAUGUGACAAAUUUUAUCUCAAGAAAUACUUCAUCCUCAUUGGGGCCUAUGAUUAAAAAGGUAUAAAAGUUGGCUUAUGGGUUGAAAGAAAAUAUGAUUAAAAAAAGCAGGAUUUAUAUUGA